AUGGACUCCUUCAAGACACCGCAAACCGUUGAGGAUGCCAAACUAUUCACGGCGUCGGGCUCGUUUGGGUACCCAUCUGCUCAACAGGACUUGGGAGAUUUGAAAUCUGAGCAACAGGGUGAGGUUGCGAUCCCGCCCGCUGUUGAAGAAGAAGAUGACUCCACAACUUCAGGAAUCGUGCCAACACUACAGAACAUCGUUGCCACCGUGAACUUGGACUGCCGCUUGGACUUGAAGACGAUAGCGCUACACGCCAGAAACGCUGAGUACAACCCUAAGCGUUUUGCCGCCGUUAUUAUGCGUAUUAGAGAACCAAAAACAACGGCGCUUAUCUUUGCCUCUGGUAAGAUGGUUGUCACUGGUGCCAAAUCGGAGGACGACUCGAAGUUGGCGUCGAGAAAAUAUGCAAGAAUCAUCCAAAAGUUGGGAUUCAAUGCGAAAUUCACCGAUUUCAAGAUCCAGAACAUUGUUGGGUCGUGUGACGUGAAGUUCCCAAUCAGAUUGGAAGGUUUGGCAUUCUCGCACGGUCCCUUUUCCUCUUAUGAACCGGAAUUGUUCCCAGGUUUGAUCUAUAGAAUGGUUAAGCCGAAGAUUGUGCUUUUGAUCUUUGUCUCUGGUAAGAUCGUGUUGACAGGUGCGAAACAAAGAGAAGAGAUUUACCAGGCGUUUGAAGCCAUCUACCCUGUGUUGAACGAAUUUAGAAAGCUUUGA